AUGGAAAGAAGCAAAUCAUUCCUCCGGCGUAAAUCUGUCAAAAGAUCAGCAAAGAGUACAACUACGCGACCAUCCAGCAAUGUAUCUAUUGACUCACAAGAAGAAGCAUGGGAAGCACUCAGUAGAACAUCCACCACCACAACAACUUCUAGUACUGGUAGUAACAAUAGCAAGUAUUCCUCGGGUCGUCGCUAUCUACCUUCAUUUGAUUACCAAUACCAUGAAAAUCCUCAUUUUGUUACUGUCACCAAACCUCAAUCCAUUUGUGUCAUUCUUAGCGGUACUGGUAUCAAGCUUUUUGAAUGUCGAUUACAGGACCUAGAAGAUGGCAAACUUCAGAAAGAUACUAUCAUUAGCACGACACCAAUUGAAAUUGACGGUUUGGCAUGUUUGUCGAUUUUACUUCAAUCAAAACAACUUGUUAUUCUGUCGUUACCACAUUUACAGCCUAUUGCGAAGACAUCAUUACCAGAAAAUGUAUGUAGAUUGAACGAAGCCAUGUUUACUACGGAAGGUCGAGUGCUAUUUUGGACAGGACAAUACGAAAUGCAAGAAUGGAUGUAUCUUCAUAGUGAAACUUCACUCCCCAUUGGUCAUUCUGUAGAUCUAUUUGAUGAUCAAAAAUCAAUGCCUCCUCAUCCAAUGGAAACAAUUCAACGACCCAACAAGAAAACAUGGUUUGGAGCUGUUGCUGGCGCGUUCAAGAAGGGACCCUUAUCCAUUGGGGAAUUGGAUACAUUAAUGGGACGCAUUCAUCCUGGAUUUGACCAAAACAAUCAAUCGAAACAGCAAUCACCAUCAAGGUCUGGAUCAUCGUCUACAGGUAUUCGAAAGACUGGUAUGUUCAAAGAACUUGGAGAUAAAGUGAACGAACGUGGUGAACGAUUGGAUGAACUUGGCAAGAAAUUCUCUGAUAUGAAUGAUGCUUCUGGUGAUUUUUUGAAAGCUGUCAAGGAUUACAAUGAACGACAAGCACAAAAGAAAUGGUGGGAAUUCUAG